UCUCUCUUUAGCUCUCUCCUCUUUCCCUCUCUUCAUUGAGCUUCCGCCGCCGUUUCCUCCUGAAAAAAUUGAAACUUUCUCCUUCAACUUCACCGUCUCUUUCGGGACUGCGAUAACUUCGGAGGUUAAAACUGCGACGGCAAGCUCAAGUAUUUGGUAUUAAACGUUUGUGCUCACUUUUUCGGAUUCUGGUUGAUUUUUGGAGCCUCCUACAGAGUGAUUCAUCAUGAAGCAGAGUUUGGGGAGUAACUCUGUUGUUAUUAAGCUGCUUACUUAUUCUAAUGAGCUUUUGGAGGGGAAACCUUUGUAUGCUUCUUCCAAUUCUCUCCCUGUGAAGGCUUUAAACCUUGAGCCUGCUGGUCAUUCCUUUCAUUCCGCUGCUCUCAGACUUAGUGGUUGUGCAAAGAAAGCCACAGGGGAAACAGAAGAUUCCUCUUCUGCAUCUCCUAAGAAAGCAGCAAACGAUGUGGAUGUGGAGGAUAUUCCUUCUUAUGAAACGUACAAGAACAACAGCAGCAAUAAGGGGAAGAAGAAGAAGAAGUCAGGGAAGGAGGAGAAAGAACAGCAUGAUCACUAUGCGCUGUUGGGUUUGGGCAGUUUGAGGUAUCUCGCAACAGAGGAUCAGAUCAGGAAAAGCUACCGGGACGCUGCUCUGAAGCAUCACCCUGACAAGCUUGCUGCCGCCCUCCUUCUUACUGAUGAGAGUGAAGAAGCGAAGGAAGCUAAAAAGGAGGCGAUUGAGUCUCACUUCAAGCUGAUCCAAGAAGCGUAUGAGGUUCUGAUGGACAAGACCAAGAGAAGAAUAUUCGACUCUACUGAUGAGUUUGAUGACGCGGUGCCGAGCGACUGUGCUCCCAAGGACUUCUUCAAGGUGUUUGGUCCAGCGUUUAAGAGGAACGCGAGGUGGUCUGUUAACUCUCGUGUGCCUGAUCUGGGAGAUGAGAACACGCCGGUCAAAGAGGUUGAUAAGUACUACAACUUCUGGUACGCUUUCAAAAGCUGGAGAGAGUUUCCUGAAGAGGAGGAGCACGAUCUCGAAGAAGCUGAGUCGCGUGAGGAGAAGAGGUGGAUGGAGAGAGAGAAUGCGAGGAAGACUCAGAAGGCGAGGAAGGAGGAGUAUGCUCGGAUAAGGACUCUUGUCGACAAUGCUUACAAGAAGGAUCCGAGGAUAGUGAAGAGGAAGGAGGAGGAGAAGGCUAAGAAGCAGGCAAAGAAGGAUGAAAAAGUUAAUGCCAAGAAGAAGCUGGAAGAUGAGGCUGCUGCAGCUAUUGAGGAAGAGAAGAGGCGGAAAGAAGAGGAAGCUAAACUCGCUGCAGAGGCUGCUGUGCUGCAGAAGAAAAACAAGGAGAAGGAGAAGAAGCUCCGUUCCAAGGAACGAAGCCGGCUCAGGACUCUCUCUGCACCUGUUCUGUCUCAGCGUCUGCUUGGCAUCUCUGUUGCAUACGUGGAGGAUCUGUGCAUGUCGCUUAGCACCGAGGAGCUGAGGAGUCUGUGCGACAAGAUGGAGAACAAGGAAGGGAUGAAGCUGGCAAAGGUGCUCAAGAAUGGGAACAAUGAUGAAGCUGAGAGUGAAGAAGAAGAAGAAGUGGUUCAAGUGGGUGCUAAGCAGAAUGGUCAUGUAGAAGCCAAUGGAUUUGCCAUGGUAGAUUCUGCUACUCAGAGCCCUCGAGCUGCUGCAAUGGUUUGAGGGUUUUGGUUUUGACAGAGAAGAGAAGAGCCUUCAGACUCUCAAUUUUUGUUUCCUACGUUUCAUAUUUUUCAUAUACAUCAUUGAUGAUGCUACUCUCCUUACAUCCGUGAGUGUUUUGACAAACAAACGAAUUAUUCUUAUUUUAUCUUUAUUUUGUUGUAAUUUUAUUCA